GCUAGUGGCGUUGUUUUCGUAUCUCGCGGAUAAGUGUGUGGUCCUUACCUAGGAUAUUAUUGAAUUUGUGUAUUGGUUUGAAGAUGUCCUCGGUCGAGAGCUUGAGAGAGUUUGUGAACGAGAGACUGAGUGCUGCUGCCGAAGAAAUAUUUGGAGUUUUUCAAAGAACUGUCGUCGAGUAUGAAGAAGAGAUCUAUCGUCAGCGUAAAUUGUUGGAUAUCGUUUUAAAUCCUGAAGUAAAGCUACCCCGGAUUGAUCUCCCACAGCAGUAUGUCUGUGAGCAGGACAAGGUUCUCUCAGACCAGCAGCUCUGUCACCAGGAGAGGAGCUCCAGUCUGUACCAGGAGGAUCCAGAGCUUACACAGAUUAAAGAGGAACAGGAGGAACUCUUCAUUGGUCUGGAGGGAGGGCAGCUUGAACUGAAGGAGGAGACUGAUAAAUUCAUGUUGAAUUCUACCUAUGAGGAAAGUCAACACAGUGAUCCCAAACCAGGAAGUGACCACCAGCUCAUCUUUCACAACUCACUUUUAGCUGAUCAAGAUCUCAGACUAGGCCAGCAUGGAGACUCGGGAUCAGUUCUUAAUUCAAGACUAGAAUCAAAGAAUAGACCUUACCAAAGCAAUGGUCACUCUGACAAUGUAUACAUCCCAAACUUUCCAGAUUGUCACUGUACAUUUCAUUUGGGGAAAAAGGUUUUCAAAUGUGACAAGUGUGGGAAAACUUUUAAACACAAGGCUGGAUUUCAGGCACACUCAAAUGCCCACACAGGUAGGAGGCCGUAUCUUUGCAAGACAUGUGGGAAAACAUUCAGUUGCAUGUCAGCGCUAAAAAAUCAUUUUAGAAUCCACACAGGUGAGAAGCCAUAUACUUGCCAAAUUUGUGGGAAAGAUUUCCGAUUUAGUGGCGUCUUGACAGUCCACAUGAGAACCCACACAGGUGAGAAACCGUACAUAUGUAAAACAUGUGGAAAACAAUUCAGACAUAAUGGUGAAUUGACAGUCCACAUGAGAAUGCAUACCGGGGUGAAGCCGUACAACUGCAUCACCUGUGGGAGAUCAUUCUACCGGAAGCCUGAGCUGACUCGGCAUGUAAGAAUUCAUACAGGUGAAAAACCGUACCCUUGUAAAAGCUGUGACAGAAGUUUUAGGACUAGUAGUGAUUUAACAAUUCAUGUGAAAAGAGUUCAUGUUGGGGAGAAACUGAAGAAUUGUGACAUCUGCAGUAAACGUUUCUUUAAUGCUUCUGAACUGGAAAAGCAUAUGAGAUUGCAUAUAGGCAAGUAGACUUAUAUUUAGACAAAAAUGUGACAGUGUGGAGCAUUAUUUAGUUAAUGUGAUAUCAAAUUAAUUUUCCAUGGAGAGAAUGUAAGUAUGUGAUUGUAUUUGAGACUUCUGUUUGUUUAUGCGGGGACAAUGCCAGAAUCUUGCUUUGAUUUAGCAGUAUGUGUAUGAAACAGUAGCUAUGCUUUUAUGGGCACCUGAUGCACUUUCUUAGGCCUGAUCCAGCUCACUCCAUAAUGGGUGUCCAGGACCUGGUGGGCUGGUCCAGAUGCCAGGGGUGACCGUGUGCAUCAUGGAGUGGGCAGCUGGGAAGGUGCCUGGAGAGAUGGGUAAGAACCAAUGCUGUAGUGCACACAUAUUUUGGUGACUAAAAGAGAUGUAAGCAGAAAGAGAAUCCAUUAAAAUCAAAUUGAGUUUGGUAUGGAAAAAAGAGAGGUUUAUUUUUAAGGCCAUAUCACUCAGUCCUAGUCAUUUGACAUGCCAAAAUGGGAAGGAGUGUUAUAAGAACAGGGAGACCAUUACAGCUAAAAAACACAAUUCAGGUUUUAAAACGUACCCUCCACCCUGAUGUAACAAAAGGGAAACCUGUGAUGUUUAUGCUUUUUUUAAAAAUAAAUUUUAGCCAUUCUUGUAUCAAGCAGCAUUCAAAUAUUUUCUGAUGGUUUGUUUUUGCACAGUCAAACAAGAAUUAAGACUUUUGAAAUUAUUUCUUUUGUUUUAAUUAAAUUUAAGUAAAUUAUUGUAAUACCAUAUUUGCCUUCAUAUUGGUAGGAGCAUGUCUUAAAAAGACAUUGUUUCCUUCUGGUUGAUAAAUCCCUAAAUAUAAUUAUUUUAAAUCCUAAGUAGUUACCAUUUAUGUCAUGCAUCUCAUUUCACACUCCUGCUCACACAUACAGAUGAGGAUGAAAUUAUUAGCCCCCUAUGAAAAUUCUACUUUACAAAAGUAUUUCCCAGAUGCUGUUAAAUGGAGCAAGAGUCUUUUUACAAAGCCUUUCCUUACAUUCUAGUUUUAUUUUGGAUGCUAAUAUUAUGUUACUUUGAACACAAACAAAUUAUUUCACAAAAACUACCAGCCUCUAACUUAAUAGCCACACCCAUACUAAUAGUCAGUUAUGUCUCCUUUUUGUUGGAUAACAGCCUGCAGUUGUUUGUUGUAGUUUUCAUUAAGUCCCAGACAUAUCCCCUGAGGAAUGCCCACCCAUUCUUUGGCCACCCUCUCAGGCUCCUCCAGAUUUGAGGGUCUUCUGGCAGGGACCUUGAUCUUCAGUUUGCCCCACACAUUUUCAAUGAGAUUCAAGUCAGGGCUUUGUGCAGGACAGUCAGUCACGUCCACUUUAGUCCUCUGUAGGUAGUUCUUUACCAGGAACCAUGUAUGUUUUGGGUUGUUGUCGUGUUGGAAGACAAAGUGACAACCCAGACCCAUUUUAGUUGCUGACUGCUUGAGUUUUCCCCCCAAAAUCUUCACAUAUUCUUUAUUUCUUAAUGAUUCCUUCCACCUUUACAAGAUUUCCUGCUACAGAUUCAGAAGCAUCCCCACAGCAAAAUACUCCCACCGCUGUGUUUCACUGUAGGGUCAAUAUUCUUUGGGUUAUGUGCCUCUCCCUUCUUUCUCCAAACACAGGUGACGCCAUUAUGGCCAAAGGUCUCUAGUUUGGUCUCAUUUGGCCAAAGGACAUAAUUUCAAUGUGCAUAGUCUCUCUCCAGGUUGUCCUUAACGAGCUUCAUUUUGACUUAAAGGUGCCUCUUCUGCAUAAAUGGAGUUUUUCUUGCUCUACAGCCUCUCAGUCCAUUCCUGUACAGGGCUAUAGUAACUGUUUUGCACUGAAGUUUUUAAACUAUGUGUAAAUUGGAAGAUAAAC